AACGCCAGGCAGCGUCUCCCAGCAGAGAGGACAGAAAUCACAACAAAGCCUGGAUGUAUAUACAUGUCCUGUAUCCUGACAGGGCAGGGUGUAUAUACUGUAUACUGGGGGACUGCAACUAGUGACUGCCCAGCUGAGCCCAUGGACGGGAGACGCGUAAUGUACACGGCUGAGCGCAGGGCCCUGCCUACGACAGAUCUGCUUUCUCGGCUGCAUCUCGGAGCGGAGAAUUCAGAUGUGCUGCAGAUGGUAUCUUGGAGGACUGCGAUGCGUACACAAGCUGUCAGCGCUAAUGAGCAAAGUCACACGCUGAGUUUUUUUCCGAAGCCACCGCCAGGAAACAUGGAGGCGCGUCAUUCCAUUAUCCGCACUUCUAUCUGCAGAGAGGACAGAAGGAGAAGAAACUUACGGAAGCUGAGAGACCAGGGGAAUAAGCGCAGAGGUGUACUGAUCAGCAGCCAGAGCCCGGAGGACAUGGCUCCGUCCUGGAACACAGAAGUGAGAGGGAAUAGAGACCUGCUGGAUAUUGCUGUAGGGGAGAAGCUGCAGCAGCGCGGCCGGCUGCAGACUGAUCUGUGUCAGGACAAUGCAAGCGAUGACAGUGCAAUAUCGCACAUUCACAGACUUCGAUCCCGUCUCGGCUGGAAAACAGAAUUUCCAAAUUUGGCUCCUGGAACGAGAAGACCGAAGGCUGAUAGAUAUAACCGGCUGCUAGAGGUAACAACAAAAGAAGACAGAGGAGAAUUUGUGUACUGUCUGCCCAGAUGUCGCAACUCUUCCACCGCUCGAUAUGAUCCGUACGAUCUGCAGGUGGUUCCGGCAGCCACUGCUGUUCAUUGCGACCUGUACUGGACGCUUAGUGCUUCACAGGUGUCUAAGGUCUCUAUGGUGACCGGAGCGGAGAUGAUGGAGACUGUACCUCUCACUGAAUGGUUAUACGAGAGGGAGAAAUAUUACGCCAUUAAGAACAAACCCGUAUUCUCCCAGUUCAGACUCUGGAAAGCUUUUACCGUUUGGAAGAUGAACAUCCGCAGAUCAAAGACAGACAACAGCAGGACGAUACUUCUCCAGCAGCUCUUUCUGGCUGAUGAAUGGUUCCAGGGCUGUCUGUGCCACUUCCAGUCUCUAUGCCAGGGCGCUGUGAAUAUCCGCUGUAAUGACGAGGACGGAGAUUUUCCUGUUCUGUUUGUUAAGCUGGAUGACACUCACACCUAUUCGCUGAAAGACUUCUGUGAUCUCCAGACGGGACAGUGUGAUAAGGGUCUGUCAAACCUCCAGGCGCUCAGAGGGAGAAUCAUUCCGGUCAUCACUCAGACUUUCCUAAAGGUGGCAGAGACCACGGGGUUCAAACAUCUGUUCUUAUCAGAUACUAAACCAAGCUACAUAGAGAUCUCUGAGUGGAGGAACCUGCAGGAUCGGUUCAGGAGAUUCCUGAGCCUGCUGGACAGCAUCUUCCAGGAGGCCCUGCGCUCUGUCGUCACUAACUCCGCCCAGAUGCUUCUCCGAUUUUUUGAGGCUUCCAGCGACGUGACGUCAGCAGAGGAGAAAAAAAACUACACAUUGAGUGAGGAAGAGAAGCCGAAUCUGGAUUCUUAUUUAAUGAAUGAACGAGGGGCAUCUGAUAAUGUGCCAAACACACCUGCGCCCGGGAUUGGCGCCGUUAAGGAGGGGAGCAACAUCAGACGGAACAGAGAUGGAAAGCAGAGCGUAGUGCCAGUGUUUGCAGUGAGCUUGGUUCUGCAGUCUGUGGUAAAUGUAGGGCAGCACAUCGCCACACAAACUACGUCAGCUGCUGGCAUUCUAACUCGGAAAAGUGACAAGGACGCACAUCUCCCUCCAAGUGCCUCUGGAAAGCCAAAGUCUGGUGCCAAGAAAGAAGUCACCUUUCAGCAAGAAACGACGGAUCUCUCUGAUUCUGAGGGAUGGGACGAGGAAGGCGAGGAUGGCGAUGAGCCACUAUCCGGGAGGUCAUCAGCUGUUUCUAAGAACUUCUGCAUAUUCCCCUCUGCCAAUGAGUUUGAUGUGCACAUGAGAGGCGUCGUGGAUGGGUUUGAGCAGACGAUAGGCAGGAUAUCUCCUCUCAGCCAGGAGACCAGUUUUUCCAGGUUCUGCCGUCAGCCUGGAAGUGAUGAGAAAACAUUACCUCACGGAGAGACGAACUGGCAGUGGAGGAGCAUUCAGAAGACUUGGCCAAACUGUGAGCUGCUUCUUGGAAUGGAUUCAGAUUACCAGAGUCAGGUUAAGAAUAUAUUUUCUUCUGUUAAACUUUCCAUGGAGAGAGUGGAAGCUUACAGCAGCCACUUUAAGAAGUUCUGCACAAUGGUGGAAGCAGCUGAGAACGUGAAGGCAAAAAUGACCACCACCCAGGUGGAGCUGUCACCGGAGGAAUACAGGGGUAUCCUGGACAUGUUUAACGGCUUCAUCGUGGAAUGUCAGCAGAUGAACAUCGAGCGGAGGGUGCACCUGGUAAAAGUGAGAAGUCUGGAGUUUCAGACAAGUUGCCUUCAGCAUCUCCAGUCACUCGUAAAUAUGAUCCGCACCUCUCUGCCAGCUGUCGCCUACGCUAGGAAUCUCCAGCUUUUGGAAGUCAUUCAUAGAUACUUGCAAAGACUAAACAGGGAGCUGAAGCUGGUGGAGGAAUUUGUGGAGCACUUGACGUUUCUUGGACAAGUCUCCUCCGAGCUUCCAUCCAUGGAGACACAAUACAACACCAUCAUCCAGCUCUACGCCGUCGCCAAAGACUACAGCAUCAAUAUUCCUAUAGAAGACACCGCUCUCUAUCAAAGCCUCAUUCCCAGCUUCCAGCAGCUGAAAUCCGCCGUUCUCUUCUGCCAAGCUAAAAAGAACGAGGACAUUAUUCAGUUCAGCGGGGAUUUGGACAAGUAUAUUUCAGACCUGCACUUUGAGUUAAUGGAGUUCAAGAUCAAAGUGAGGAACCCGAUACUGCUAGAAGGUGACACAUAUCCACUCAAAGCCAAAGAGAUUAUUGCCAGCCUCUUGGAUGAGUUUGAAAUCCUCGCCAACAGAGCCCGGUAUUACUCCAGCUACCAGGAGCGGUUCGGGAGCUCAAUCACUCAGAUGAAGGCAAAGUUCGUAGACCUGCUUCUUUCAAAGAAGACCCCGGGAGCCGCCAUCACAGCCCAAACGGUCAGCGCUGAUAUCUCCGAGGUUGAGUGUGAUUUGAGUCUGAGGAAGCUCCUUUGGGAAGCCCGAGAAGAAUGGGCCAGUUUGUCCACAGAAUGGCGACUCACCUCGUUUGAGAGCCUCAACGUUGAUGUGAUUCAGCGAGACGUCAACCGGUUCAGCCAUACGUUAUUUAUGCUCGAGAAAGGGUUGCCAGCAAAUGUUGUCGUGACAGGUCUGAAACAGUCCAUCAUGGAUUUUAAACAGAGUUUGCCCAUUGUGGUGGCUUUAAGGAAUCCCUGCCUCCAAGCCAGGCAUUGGGACGUUAUACACUUCACCAUCGGUCGCAUGAUAACGAGAGACAAGAAUUUCACCCUGGGAAGCCUUCUGGAACUUAGGAUAUUUCAGCAUAAAGAUAAAAUAACGGACAUCUCCACAACGGCAACAAACGAGGCCACGCUGCAAGGGAUGCUGGAUAAAGUCGUCAGUCUGUGGAAUAAAACAAACUUUAAGCUAACGGCGCACCAGUCCGAGCUCUCCGAGAUCCUGCUCAUUGCAUCUGCAGAAGAUAUAACGGCUCAAUUAGAGGAAUCGCAGGUCACCCUAUCUACAGUAAAGAGCUCCCGCUACUGUCAGCCAAUUAAGAACAUCGUCGAUGAGUGGGACAGGAAGCUGAGUCUCUUCGCCCGUACCAUGGAGGAAUGGAUGAGGUGCCAGAGAAACUGGCUGUACCUGGAGCAGAUCUUCCUGGCGUCUGAUAUCCAGAGACAGCUCCCAGCCGAAGCCAAGCUCUUUUCCCAAGUGGACCUCUCCUGGAAAGAGUUAAUGAACUACACAAAGGACAGGCCCAACGCCCUACGGGCCGCUACUGUGCCGGGGGUACUGGAAGUACUGCAGACCAACAAUGCUCAUUUGGAGAAGAUACUGAAAUGCCUAGAGGACUUUCUAGAAAUUAAGCGUCGGAUAUUUCCGCGAUUCUACUUCCUCAGCAAUGACGACCUGCUUGCUAUUUUGGCUGAAAGCAAGAACCCCGAUGUGGUCCAGCCCCACCUGGUGAAGUGUUUUGAGAAUAUCCGGCACCUCGACAUAAGACGGCACCUGAACAGUCCCCCCGAGGUGGAGACGAUUAUAUCUGCGGAGGGAGAGAAGAUCUGCAUGCCUAAGAACAUCCGAGUCAGGGGCCCGGUGGAGCAGUGGCUGGGGAACGUGGAGACCAGUAUGUUUGACGUCGUAAAGAAAAUGGUCAGAGUUGGGGUGCUGGACUGGGGCCAAUCUGAUUUCAAGAAAUGGCUGCUCACUCACUCCGGACAGGCGGUACUAGUUGUGAGUCAAAUAAUGUUCAACAAGGACUGUGUGAGAAGCUUCUCCAGUGCGGAGCCAGAGAAGGAGCUGGGAGCCGUCCUCUGUAGCCUGGAGAAGCGGCUCGGCGAGCUGGCAGACAUGGCUCUAGAGAUCCCUUCCGCCCACCAGAAGACAACUCUGGAAGCCUUGCUCACCCACUACGUGCACUGCAGAGAUGUUUUGACCGAAUUAAUAAAGAAUAAAGUGUUAACUCCAGAUGAUUUUGAAUGGACAAGGCAGCUGCGAUACGAAUGGAACGAGCAGAACAACUCCUGUUACGUGGUACAAGGCGGUGCCUCCUUUACCUACGGCUACGAGUAUUUAGGCUGCUCCUCCCGCCUAGUGAUUACGCCUCUCACCGACCGCUGCUGGCUAACAUUGACUGGGGCCCUGGAUUUACACCUGGGAGGAUCACCAGCAGGACCGGCGGGGACCGGGAAAACAGAAACCGUCAAGGAUCUAGCCAAAGCGUUAGGGAAGCAGUGUGUCGUCUUUAACUGCUCAGAAGGUCUGGACUAUAAGAUAAUGGGGAAAUUCUUUUCCGGAAUUGCACAGUCCGGAGCCUGGUGUUGUUUUGAUGAGUUUAAUCGUAUUGACGCAGAAGUUCUCUCAGUGAUUGCGUCCCAGAUCCAUGCCAUCAAGUCAGCGAAGGACGGUCAGGCCAUAAGAUUUGUGUUUGAAGGAAGAGAGAUCCGUCUGAAUAUGUCCUGCGGAAUCUUCAUCACCAUGAAUCCGGGAUACCAAGGCCGCGUGGAGCUUCCGGACAACCUGAAGUCGCUGUUCCGGCCCGUUGCAAUGAUGGUUCCCGACUAUCAGCUUAUUGUAGAGAUCAUGCUGUUCUCUGAGGGCUUCAAAGCUGCAAAGUCUUUGUCUGGGAAGCUGGUGAACCUGUAUCAGCUGACAAGCAAGCAGCUCUCCCAGCAGAAUCAUUACGAUUUUGGAAUGAGAGCCAUCAAGACGGUUCUGGUCAUGGCUGGUCAGAGGAAACAUGAUUUGGAAUCCAGAGAGAAGAAGACGCGACUUACCCUUGACGAUGAGACUCUGAUUAUAAUUAGUGCCUUAAAAGAAGCAAAUUUGCCCAAAUUUUUGGCUGAAGAUGUUCCUCUCUUUGAAAGCAUCAUGGCCGACCUCUUUCCAGGCGUCGCCCAAGAGAAAACAAACACCAAGAGAUUGGAGAAGGCAAUAUCGGCGGCUCUGCACGAACUGUGUCUCCAGCCCUGGGAGAGUCAGACACAGAAGGUCAUUCAGUUCUAUCAUCAGAUCGUGGCUCGUCAUGGAGUAAUGCUGGUGGGUCCCACCGGAGGAGGGAAGACGGCGGUGAGGAGGAUUUUGGAGAAGGCGUUGGUACAUUUGCCCACCGUUCCCAUGGACAGAAGCUCUCCACUUAACGUUAUGAAGAAAGGGAAAGUGGAAACCUUCAUCAUCAACCCCAAGUGCGUGACCCUCGGAGAACUGUACGGAGAGAUCGACCCUAACACCAUGGAGUGGUCAGAUGGGCUCCUGGCCUCCGCUGUACGGACGUUUACACAGCAGUCAUCUAAAGGGAGUGGAACAACCGAUUUGUCUGCACCACAACUCAACAAUGAAAACAAUAUGAAGGGUUUAAAUGACAUUCCCAAGGCUGAAAAUGAGGAUUUUUCUGACAGUGUAACACCCCAACCUAGAGGAGAUGCAGUCCCAGACUGGUAUUGGAUAAUCCUGGAUGGACCAGUGGACACGAUGUGGGUGGAGAACCUCAACACUGUUCUCGAUGACACAAGAACGCUUUGCCUGGCCAACAGUGAGAGAAUUCGGCUUCCGCAAGGAAUGAGGAUGAUAUUUGAGGUGGACAGUCUAUCACAAGCCAGUCCAGCUACCGUCAGCCGUUGUGCCAUGGUCUACAUGGACCCAGUUGAUCUGGGGUGGAAGCCCUUCCUUAGUUCUUGGGUAUCUAAGAUAUCCACCAAGGUCCCGCUGACGGGCGUGCAGUGCUUGAACACCUUGAUCGCUACCAGUGUGGAUGAAGGAAUAAAAUUCAUCCACAGGCAUAAAAGCCACUUACCUUUUCCUGUGCAAGACUUGGUGCCUGUAAUGAACCUGUGCAAGAUUCUAGAUGCUUUCAUUGAUUUCAUGAGCGGAAACGGCGGCUUCGGAGAGCUGAAUCAUGACCUGAAUGAGAAACUUUCCUCGUUAUCAAACGUUCACGAGACGCAGUCUACCAGCGACACCCGGGCGUUAUACUCCCCGAGCCUGACCGGGAGCCUGAUGAAAAGGGGAGAGCAGAAGUGGUUCUUGGAGAAUAACCCGGAGAAACUGACGCCCUUGCUGGGGAAGCUCUACGUCUUUGCGUUUACAUGGGCGUUCGGAUGCCUCCUGACUCGGGAGGACGAACAAGAAGGAGACUCACUCAUUGGGCUGAGGGCCAGAGACGAGUCCCUGGUAAAUGUAACCCAGGACUUCAGCAACUUUGUGCACGACUUGUUUGAAGGAGACCCGGCCAGCGGAGUUCAGAUGCCCCUGGGCGGCAGCUCCGUCUUCAGUUAUUUUGUUGAUCUACAGACUGGGAAGUUUGUGCCUUGGGACAGUUUAGUUCCUUCCACGGAAUCUUCAAUCCAGAAAGAGAGCUUAUUAUUCUCAGAGCUGAGCCUGCUGACAGACAGAGGGGGCGCGCUACAGAAGUGUGUCCCUACUGUGGACAGCGUAAGGUACUCCUUCCUGACCUCCCUGCUUCUCCUGCACAAACAGCCGGUUCUUCUCACAGGUGAUUCUGGAGUCGGAAAAUCUACUUUAAUCCAGAAUAUGCUUGAACGGCUCCAGAAACCUGAUGGACUUUCUGUAAAAGCCGGGACUGUGCUAGGGGAUGUCUUCCUAUUUAAUGAAGCAAAGAAAAUGAGUCUCUUACAGAACAUCACAUCAAUAGCCGCUGUAUCAGGAGGGGAUGAAGAUUUUGCUGUGUCCGGAGAAGGAAUAGAGGGAUCGCUUCUCGGACUGAUGUCUGCGGGCAAAUCUCGAACCGGGAAGGUGAACCAGCUGGUGGUUUCCAUGGUGCAGUUAGGGCCACACACCAGCGCAUCCAAACUCCAGAGCCAGAUCCUCAGCAAACUGGUGAAGAAAGGUCGGGAUACUCUGGGGACACCGAGAUCUAAACAAGUGACUGUAUUCAUCGAUGACCUAAACAUGCCAAAUCCAGAACCGUAUGGCGCACAGCCACCACUUGAGCUGAUUCGACAGUUUCUAGAGCUUGGCGGCUUCUAUGACACCAAGACACUUACCUGGAAGAACAUCCAGGACGUCUCUCUGGUCGCUGCAUGUGCGCCCCCUGGUGGAGGCAGGCAUGAGAUCAGCCCGCGUCUACUCAAACAUUUCUGCAUGUUUAACCUCCCGCACCCUUCUGUGCAGGCGCUGCAGCAUAUAUUCCAGGUCCAGCUUGGCUCAUUUCUGCUUCGUCACAACUUUCUAGCAGAAGUUCAGAAUUGCAGAGACCUGGUGUCAUCCUGCGCCAUCGCCAUAUACUACAAAAUGUGCCACCUCAUGUUACCCACCCCCGCCAAGUGCCACUAUACCUUCAACUUAAGAGAUCUGUUUAAGGUUCUGCAAGGAUUGCUCCAAGCCAAUGAGUCCGUCACCGUCACCAAAGACAUGGCAGCCCAGUUGCUCGUUCAUGAGGCGUCUCGGGUGUUUCAGGACCGGCUUGUGGACAGCGGGGACCGAGAGAUCUUCUAUCAGUGUCUGGCAGACGAGCUGCACAGUUAUUUCAAGGUGACUUGGCCGGUGGAGAAGCUGAUGUCGGAGCCCGUCCUGUUUGUAGAUUUCCUGGAGAAUUUAUCCGCUAAGAACAGAGUAUAUCGGCCUGUCACAAAUCACAGACAGCUGGUGUCUAAGCUGGAGGAGUUCCGGAUGAGGAUGAGUUCCGUCAGCGCAGCAAGCGCCUACGUAUUCUUCACGGAAGCUGUCCACCACAUCACCCGAGCGGCCCGAGUCUUCAGGCAACCCGGGGGACACAUGAUGUUGGUUGGGGUGGAUGGAACAGGGAAAGUGAGCUGUGCGGCUCUGGCCUGUUACAUAUCAAAUUGUAAGCUCUUCAGGUUGUCUGUAACACAGAGUUACGGCAACACAGAAUUCAGAGAAGAGCUGAAAAAAGUUUAUAAGGAGACAGGGCUGCUGGGAAAGAGCGUGGUCCUGCUUAUCACAGGCGCCGACAUCAUCAAGGAUUCUUUUCUAGAAGAUAUAAACUGCAUCCUGAACUCCGGAGAGGUUCCCGACCUGUUUGACAAGGAUGAGCUGGACGGUCUCUUUGUGGAUCUGAAAGCAGAGGCUGCAGAGGUCCACGUGUCUGACAGUCCGCAGUCCAUGCUGGCGUUCUUCCUGCAGCGUGUGCGCAGUAAUCUGCAUGUGGUCCUGGCGCUGAGCCCUGCAGGGCAGACGUUUCGGGAGCACUGCCGCUCGCACCCCUCUCUGGUGAACUGCUGCACCGUCGACUGGUACAACGAAUGGCCGGAGGAGGCUCUGCUCAGCGUAGCGGAGGGUUACAUCACGGAGCAAGACCUGCUGCAGAAUAAUACGGAAUUACAGAGCAGCGUUACCCAGGUCUGUGUCGCCGUUCACAAGAGUGUUUCCAGCAAAGCCGCGCAAUAUCUGGAGGAGACCAGAAGACACUAUUAUGUGACCCCCCAGAGUUACCUCAGCUUCAUAGACACGUUCUCUAACAUCCUCCAGGCAAAGAAACAGAAACUGACCACAGACAGGAAUCGUUUCUUCACUGGGCUCUCUAAGCUGUUGGAGGCGACGUCCUCUAUUGAGAUCAUGCAGUACGAGCUGGUCGCUCUGGGGCCACAAAUAGAGCAAAAAUCCAAGGAGAUAGAGGCGCUGAUGGGAAAGCUCCAGAGAGACUCUAUCGUGGUGGAACAAGUGCGAGCGAUAGUAAAGCAGGAAGAGGAGGUGAUGGCCCAGGAGACCCGGAUUGUGCAGGACUAUGCUCAGCACGCCCAGCGAGAGCUCAGGGAGGCUCUCCCAGCAUUGGAGGAGGCUGUGACUGCCCUGGAUUCCCUGGAUAAAUCUGACAUUUCAGAAGUAAAAGUGUACACGCACCCCCCCUUCCUGGUGCUAACGGUCAUGAACGCAGUAUGCGUGCUGCUGCAGAAGACGCCGGACUGGGCCACAGCCAAACUGCUGCUCGGAGAUCCGGGAUCCCUGAAGCGGCUGGUCAGCCUGGACAAGGACGGUGUACCGGAGAAGGUCUUUCAGAAAUUAAAAAAGUAUUCCAGCAUUCCAGACUUUACCCCGCAGAAAGUGGGCGCAGUGUCCACGGCCUGUCGCUCGCUGUGCCAGUGGGUAGUGGCUCUAGAGCACUACCACGAGGUACACAAGACGGUGAUCCCAAAAAAGCGUCGGGUGGCCGAGGCCCAAGAAGCCUUGAGGCUGGCACAGGAAAGGCUGAGACGGAAACAGGCCAGCUUAUCUCUGGUUGAGGAGCAUCAGGAGCGGCUUCAGAAGGAACACAGUGACCGCGUCGCGGAGAAAGCUCAUCUGGCAGACCGGAAACGGCUCACCACCCAACGCCUGGCCAGAGCCUCCUUGCUGAUCACCGCUCUGGACGAGGAGAAGGUGCGAUGGAAGGAGUCAGUGGAUAGGCUAGACCUGCGAUUGGAAGGAAUUAUCGGGGACAUCCUUGUGUCAGCGGCUUUCAUUGUGUAUUGCGGCGUGUUUACAUCUGAGUAUCGGGCACAACUGGUGGAGCAGUGGCUGGAAUUCUGCAACACAUAUAAGAUCCCAGUGUCAGAAGACUAUUCGCUCAUACGAGCAAUGGCUGCAAAAAACGAGGUCCGGCAGUGGCAGAACGAAGGGUUACCUCCUGAUCCCUACUCCACGGAAAAUGCUAUACUGGUUAAGAACGGUCAGCGCUGGCCUCUGCUGGUGGAUCCUCACGGUCAGGCACACAAGUGGAUUUGCCAGAUGGAGGGUGAGAGACUGUGGCAGGCUAACGCCUCUGACCCCAACUACAUGAAGACCCUGGAAACUGCUAUACGUCUCGGGGAGCCCAUCCUCCUACAGGACGUGUCAGAAGACUUGGACCCAAGUUUGAAGCCUAUUUUAGGAAAAGAAAUCCGACGUAGAGCCGGACAAGACUUUAUACAGUUGGGGGAUUCUGAAAUCGAGUACAACCAGAAUUUCCGGCUGUACAUGUCCACCCAGGCCCCCAGCCCUCAUUUCCUCCCAGCCGUCUGUAUUAUGGUGACAUUGAUCAACUUCACCGUGACCUAUAAAGGGCUGGCGGACCAGCUCCUGUCUAGCGUCGUCAGCAUUGAGCAGCCCCAGCUGGAGAUGCAGAGGUGUCAUAUACUGGAGAGCAUCACCGCGGACCUGCGUACACUGCGCAAGCUGGAGGAGCGUUCACUCACUCUGCUGCAGAAAACGGAAGGGCAUUUACUCGACGAUGAGGAUCUUAUUGAAACAUUACAAAAAUCCAAAGUCACUUCCAAGGACAUUUUAAAGAGAAUGAAGGAUUCUGGGGAAACAGAGGCAACCAUUGAAGCUGCACGUGGCAUCUACCUCCCUGUGGCCGAGAGAGGGGCUGUUCUGUAUUUUGUAGUGGCUGACCUCAUCCACCUGAACUACAUGUACCAGUUCUCUCUGCAUUGGUUCAAACAGGUUUUUGUGGAGUCUAUGAAAGUCCUAAAGCCUUCCCAGACCCUGGUCUCCAUGGCCUCCUUUCCGGACUCAUUCCGGAUGCUCAGCAGACAGAGGACCACAGGAAAGCAGGAGGCGGCUGUACAAAGGGAUGCCACGGAGAGCCACCUGCACAGUGUCCGUGACUCUCUGGAGAGGACCACAGGAGAGCAGGAGGCGGCUGUGCAUAGUGAGGCCACGGAGAGCCACCUGCACAAUAUUCAGGACUCUCUGCAGAGGACCACAGGAGAGCAAGAGGCGGCUGUGCAUAGUGAGGCCACGGAGAGCCACCUGCACAAUAUCCGUGACUCUCUGCAGAGGGCCACAGGAGAGCAGGAGAAGGCUGUGCAAAGGGAUGCCACGGAGAGCCACCUGCACAGUAUCCGUGACUCUCUGGAGAGGACCACAGGAGAGCAGGAGAAGGCUGUGCAAAGGGAUGCCACGGAGAACCACCUGCACAGUAUCCGUGACUCUCUGGAGAGGACCACAGGAGAGCAGGAGAAGGCUGUGCAAAGGGAUGCCACGGAGAGCCACCUGCACAGUAUCCGUGACUCUCUGGAGAGGACCACAGGAGAGCAGGAGAAGGCUGUGCAUAGUGAGGCCACGGAGAGCCACCUGCACAAUAUCCGUGACUCUCUGCACAGGACCACAGGAGAGCAGGAGGCGGCUGUGCAUAGUGAGGCCACGGAGAGCCACCUGCGCAAUAUCUGUGACUCUCUGACCAGAUCCGUGUACAAGAUUGUAUCCUCGUCUCUUUUUACCGAGCACAAGCUUUGCUUUUCCUUCAUGCUGACUGUAAGCAUUAUGAGAAACCGUAACGGGCAGGAAUCCGGUUCUCCGGGAUCUCCGUCACAGAGGGAGUGGGAUUUCUUUCUGCACUCCUUGCUGCUGAGCAACCUAAUGGAAGCAGGCGCCCCUGCAGGAGGUACAGGAUUGGAUGAAGUGUCGGAGAACGCGUUAUACCCUGAGAAGAGGGAGCAAAGUGAGGGUACUGUGUAUGCCACAGCUGGACCCCUGAGACGUGGAGUUCCUGGCUGGCUCUCGGAUGACGCGUGGAGGCAGUGCCGGUACCUGAGCCACCACCUGCAGCCUUUCUCCACUCUCUGCGACUCCCUGUCAUCCGGCGCACAGCAGUGGGGAGGAUUCCGUAACGCUGGGAACCUGUAUGACCUUCUCAGCGAGCCGUGUGAAAGUCCAGGGUUCCCGUCACAGGACGAUAUGUCACAGCGGCUGGACCCAGACGCAGGUGCCCAAGAACUAAGACCCAAAGCUGUAUAUCAAUGGGAGACAUUGACUUCAUUCCAGAAACUUAUAUUGAUAAAAGUUCUUCGAUCUGAGUGUUUAACGAGCGCCAUCCAAGAGUUCAUCGUUGAGAAUAUGGGCGCAGAAUACGUUGGGGUCAGCGCAAUAAAUCUGAAGCAGGCUCUGGAGGAAUCGGAAGCAGCCACCCCUCUUAUAUUUAUACUCUCUUCUGGUACUGACCCGGCCGGUCAGCUGGAGCGGCUGUCCCUGGAGAGCCGGGGGAGCACCCUGCACCUAGACAUGGUCUCUCUGGGACGUGGCCAGGGGGUGAAAGCAGAGGAGCUGAUCAAUAAAGCAAAGCGACUGAAAGGACACUGGGUCUUCCUGCAGAACUGUCACCUCGCCGCCUCCUUCAUGCCCAGGCUCAGGGAAAUUGUGGACGGAUUUGAGCAGCAGCGCACUUUCAUGGACCCCCAGUUUAGGCUCUGGCUGAGCUCCAAGUCCGAUCAAUGCUUCCCAGUUUCCAUUCUGCAGAAAGGUUUCAAGAUGGCGGUGGAGCCCCCUAGGGGACUAAAGGGGAAAUUGUUGCAGACAUUUGACAGCGGCGGCGUCGGGCUGAUCACAGAGAAGAUCUUCGAGAAGGAAAACAAUGGGUUACCAUGGAAGAAGCUGCUCUUCAGUCUGUGCCUGUUUAACGCUGUGGUGAAUGAGAGAAGGAAGUACGGGGCUCUGGGCUGGACCGUCCCCUAUGAGUUCACCUUCUCUGACCUAGAGGUGGCUGUGCAGAUGCUGGGGAACCUCACUGACGGGCGCAGAGAGAUACCCUGGAAAGCCGCUCAUUACCUGACGGGGGAGGUGGUGUACGGCGGUCGUGUGACGGAUCUCUGGGACCGCCGGUGCCUGCUGAGCAUCCUGGACAACUUCUAUAGCCCGACUGCGUUACAGGACGGAUAUUCCUUCUCCGCUGACAAUGUUUAUCGCCCGCUGUCAGAUAACGCAACACUACAGGACUGCAGGGAUUAUAUAAAUUCUCUACCAGAGGCGGACACCCCUGAGAUCUUCGGCAUGCACCCCAACGCUGAAAGAGCGUACCUCAGAUCUCAAGCACAGGCCUUCCUAGAUACCGUUCUCAGUAUGCAACCCCGGAUCAGCGCGCAGCACGGAACACGCAGCGGGGAAUACAGUCAGGAUCAGAUGGUUCUGGAGCUGAUCACCGGUAUCCUCAGGAAACUGCCGGCGUCUGUAGAGCGGAAAGCGGCGCCGGAGGAGGAGCGGUCAGAUGAGACGUUUACUCUCAGCGAAUUGUUUGCGGAACCUGCCUGGGAAAUGCUGCUGAAAACGACUAAAGGCUAUGAUCCAGUACUGAAUUCCACAUUACUGACUGUCCUGCAUCAGGAGAUCGAUCGGUUUGAUCGUCUGCUGUCCGUCAUGCGCAGCUCCCUCCGCGCUCUGCGGCAGGCUGUCCGGGGAGAGAUCAUACUGAACAGAGAGCUGGAGGAGGUCUAUGAUUCCUUGGUGAGCCUCAAGGUUCCCCAGUUAUGGCAGCGAUGGUCCUAUGAAUCAUGCAAGCUACUGGGCUCGUGGGUGGACGAUCUGGUUCAGCGUCUGGAUUUCUUUGCCACGUGGUCCGGCCGUGUGGUUUCACGUGUACAGGAAAGGUAUGGUCAGCAACUGGGAGUCCGGAAGCCAUUCACACAUUCCCACCCGAAUUCUUCUCAAGCGUCCAGCCUGAAUAUCGCUGUGCCCCAGCUCGGGGAGCCACACAGCUACUGGCUUCCAGCGUUCUUCUUCCCACAAGGAUUCCUGACAGCUGUCCUGCAGAACUACGCCCGGAUGAGAUAUUUAUCGGUGGACUCUCUCACCUUCUCUCACAAAGUUCAGCCUGUAGAGACCCGGGAUGUAGACCAGAAUCUAAGCAUUACUGAUAUGGCUUUUACAGAGCAGCGCCCGCCUGAAGAAGGAAUUCUGGUGUUUGGCCUCUUCUUAGACAAUGGCCGCUGGAACCCCGAGACACAAGCGCUGGAGGAAUGUGAUCUGGACAGAUUCUACCCACUGCCUCAGAUACACUUUAUCCCGCAGACAAUCCAGGCUGACUCUGCGAUGAACAAGUCCAGUGACCACCAAUCAGUAUACAUGUACGAGUGUCCGCUGUACAUGACGCCGCAGCGUGCUGGAACAUUAUCCUCAAACGGACAAUCCACUAACUUUGUAACAGCUGUGAGUUUACCAACCCUGGUCAGACCCAGUCACUGGAUCCAGAGAGGGGUGACUCUGCUCUGCCAAAUAACAGACUGACACACAGGAAACUUU